AUGAUGAAGUAAAAGGAGAUUAUUGCUACUGAAUUAAUUUCGAAAAUAGAAAGUAUGCAAAAAUUAAUUAAGUAAUUAAAAACAAAUCUAAAUUACUUGAUUUAAUUGAAUGACGAUAGUUUAGAUCUUUUGAAUCUCCAAGCUCUAUUUUUGGAAAACUUGAGUUUUUCAGAAAAAGACAUUAAUUUAGUCUAAGUAAAUAAAUACAGAAGAAAGUAAACUAAAUAUUUUAACCCACUGAAAGAAGAUGAAAUGUUAAGCAGUAUAAUUAACAGUGACAAGUUUGAUGAAAAAACUUGUAUUAUUUUUGUGAGUUACAAAGACUCUAAAAAAAUGCAAAUAAAUCAUGUUUCUUCAAACUUUUUUAACUUGUUUUCCUUUACAAACAGAGAAAAUAUAUAAGGACGUAGUAUUGAAUCUAUUAUACCUUUAGCGUUUUAAACUGCACACAGAAAUUAUAUAAAAGAAUAUUUAUUAGAAGAAGUAACAAGCAAUAUGUAUUCAAAUGAUACGGAACAACCAUAAGAUAGAGGAAUUAUUUAAAAUCAAAACAGCUAAUUAUAAUAAAAACUAUUUGACCAGUAAUAAGAUUUUUAAUUUGAUUAAUCAGAAUAAUUAUCAAAAAAUCAGGCAAUAGAAGAAAUUUUGAUGUAUUAAUCAAGAGGUUCUAAAAUGAAUAAAUAGAUUAUAUUUGCUUCUUUAAAUUAAAUGUUUGUUUUACCUGUGAGAGUAGAUAUUCGAACAAACGAAUUUAAAGAAAACAAAACGUUUGGUUUAGUGGCUAAAGUAAAAUAGAUCAAUGAAGAGUGUUAAUAUGUUCUUUUCAACGAAACAGAUUUAAGUGUUAUCGGGCUUACUGAAUAAUUGCAUGAAACCUUCUUUCCUACUUGCGAGAAUUUAUAAAAGAUUAAUUUAAGAGAGAUUUUCCCAUUUUUAAUAAGCCCUAAAAAUAGAGUAAAACCCUUAGAGGAUAUCGAAGCAAUUGAUAUGAAAAAGAAGCUACAUAUUAAUUUAAGUAACGAUAUGGAAGAUUUCCUUAAGGAUCAAGUAAAAAAUUAAUUUAAAAAAAAAAAUAAAUUAGCUUUUAUAGUCAUCCAAAAUUAAGAUAUGACAAGCAUUACUUUAGCGUCUUCUUUAAAAAGCAGUAAAAAUAAGUAUAGUGCAAAAAAUCUUAAUAAAAUAAAGUCAACAAAAGAAAUAUCAUCAUACUGUUUUACUUAUCUUGAGCUUAUUAUUAAAAAAUUAAACUAUAGUGGAAUCAACAACAUUAGUUAUAUUGAAAUCGUUAAAAUUAGAUAGAUAAAUCCUAUUUUAUAAGCUCCUUUUAUUUAUUAAGAAAUUACUAAUACAAAAAAACAAAAUAUAUAUUCUCAGUUUUUCAGUUUUCCAGAAGAAUUUUAAAAUUUAAUAUCUAAUUUAGAAUAAUAAACAAUUAAUUAUUAUCCUAUAAAUUCUAUUGACUCUUAAUUUAACUUUACUUCAAGAUACUAGAAUUAAACAAAAAAUGGUGAUGAACAAAAUAAUAUUCUUCUUUCAUAAUAAUAACUUUAAAAAUCUUAAGAUGAUAGCAUAAAUCUAAAGUAAAUUAAAUUAUAAAUAAACAAACUUGAGAACGAAGAUACAACUUGUUAAGAAGAUUUUGAAUUUUGCAAUUAACAAUUUAAUUAAUUGAUAGAAUAAAAUAAUGACAAAAAUUAGAAACAAUUUGGUAAACUUUAGUGCAAUUUUAACUUGCCAUAAUAACAUUCAAUACAAAAUAUUAAUCGAUAAGACUCCUAAUUUAUAUAAUCGCUAUAAGAAAUAUAAUAAAUAGAUUAUGAAGAAGGGGAAAAUCAUUUAAACAGAACUAAUUUAGCAUUUAAAGAUAAUAGUGUGCAUAGAAUACAAGAUGAUUAAUAGCACUUUAAUAACAAUUACGCUUUACUUUCUCCUUGUAAAUCAGAUAAAACACUAAAUAUAGAGCUAGUUUCUCCAGUUAAUAGCAGCUGCAUAAACAUUUUUCCAAACUAAUAAUCACUCACUAAUUUAUCUCAUUAAGAUCUCAAAUCUCAUUAAACUAAAGAAACUUCUUAAUAGGAUUUAGAAUGUAUUAAAAAUUAAUACACCUAAAUCUUUAACAAGACAAAUACUUACUUAAAAAAGAUAAAAGAAAAAACUAAAUCUUAUAGAUCUAGAAAUGCAAACAAAAACACAUCUCCAUGCAGAUUAGCUAAUGCUCUAGAUAAACAACAUUAACGCUAAUUAAAUAAUUAAUUUAAUUUUGAUAAAUAAAACAAUGUGAAUCUAAUAGACAAAAAUAAGAAAAAAAAGUAAAUUCAAAAUAUACAGUAUGAUAUAGCUUCUACUAACUCUAAAGAUUCAAGUUCUGCUUCAGCAAAAAGAUAGCUUUACUAGAUUAUGGCUGAUAAAUCAAUUCUUUAAGUGAUUAAAGUUAUUAAAAUGAUUGGUAUCGCUUGCUUUGCUGUAAUGGCAUGUAUGACUUGGGUGUAGUUUAUCUCUAUGGAAUAAGACUUAAGAGAAGCUAAUGAAGAUUUUCAAGUUUUUAACUGGCCUACAACUUAUUCCUCUUCAUUAAGUGAUAUCCUUAAAUAUAAGAAUACUUAAUAUCUUAUUCAGUUCUCAACAUAAUUAGAUUUUCCAAGUAUGGAGCAAAGAUUAAACUUCUACAAUAGAGUUUAAUCAGAAAUGGAUCUGACUUUAACUGAGGUUUAUGAAUUACUGUCUGAAAUGUUAAAAGCAAACACAAAAAGAAAAGUAUUUUAGUAAAUAAGAGAAACUAAAAGCUUUUAUAUUUUUGGAUAAUUGUAUAAUACAACGCUCUUAAGCUCCGUUCCUUCUGAUAGUGUGGAAUUAAUCAGUUUUAAUCAUGAUACAAGCUUACUUUCAAGUAUACUUUUAGGGCUUUAACUAACCUUUAGAUAUGUAAAUAAUUUAGGUAAUCGAAGACCUGAAUAUUAUUUAAUAUAAAAUUAACUAUCAGCAAUUUCAUAAUUGCAAUAGGUUUAAAAUAACAUUCUAAUAUAAUAAUAAAAUGAUUAACAGUAUAUUGAAGAGUAGUUAAGCAUUUUAGUUAUUAUUUUGGUUGUAGUUAGCGCAGCAUGUGUAGCAAUUAUAAUUCCCCUCUACUUUUAUAUCCAAAAAGAAAGAGAUUCUAUCAUAUAUCUUUUAACUACUUUUCCAACAAUUAAAAUGGAUAGCUUAAUAAAGAAUAUAUAAAAUUCGUAUUUUAGUUAAAGCAUCUAAUCAUAAUACUACCAAAACCAAAAUGACCAUUAAUUAUUAGAUUCAAUAGUCUCAUUGUAAGUUUUAAAUAAUGAUAAAAAUAUUCGGACUUAAAAUAUCAGUUCUAUCACUCGCCUACCCAGAUAUAACAAAAGUCUGAUUUUAGCUUCUUUAUGCGUUUAUAUAUUAAUGAUAUGCUAUCCUAUCAUUGUUAAAGUAUUAACAUAAGACUAUUUGAAUAAAACUACUAUAGAUCUCAAAACAAUGAUGAAGGUUUAUUAUUUAAGGUCUUACCUUUUGCAAAAUAUGGCAAUGCAUUUUAAUAUUUUAACCAUGAAAGUUAAUCCUCGACUUAAGCCUAUGAAACCUGAUAUAUAUUAUGAGUAUUUAUAAACUCUCAUAAAAUAAUAGGAAGAUAUUUACAAUGAUAUUUAAUGGGUUUCUAAAUCUUAAUAUAAAGAUAAAAGAUUUAAUCAAGAAGAAUAUGAUGAUUUUUUUUUCUCUACAUUUAAAGGUAAUUUAUGUGAUAGUUUUAGGAAUCAUCCUUAAUACAACACUAAUUCAACAAGAAUUAAUGUUGAAAUGUGCAAUUAAUCAUAAUAAGGAUUCUUGUCAUAAGGCCUACAAAUAGCUUUUAAAAACCUCUUUAACUCAUUUAGCGACUUAUAUAACUUGUAUAUGAUAUAAGACCAAUCUGAAUAACAAUCUUAAAUUUCUAAUUUUUUAUCUAAAUUUGACAUUUAAGGUUUCACAGAUUUUACUGAAUUCAUAGAUGAAACGAUUAUUAGCUUGAAUUAAUUUAUAUUAUUGCAAGGAAAUAAUUACUAUUAACAAAUAAAAAUAUGGUUGAUUGCUUUAAUUGGUUUUCAAAUUGUUUUGAUGGUACUGAUUUUUUCUUUUGGAUGGAAUUCUUUCACUAACUAUUUGAAUGGUUAGCUUCAUAAAACUAAAAACUAUUUACAAAUUCUUGAUGUUAAUACAUUAAUAGAAAAUCCUUAUAUUUUAACUUAUAUUAAAAAAAAUACAGUAGUUUGA